AUAAUGGACCACAUUAUCAUAAUAGUGAGUUAAUGGUAAUUGUGGUUCAUUGGUUUGAUUGGUAUAAUAUCGAAGUUCGUGAAUGGCUAUUUUUAGAACCCAGCAAUGCAAAGACAAUAAUUAACUCACAUCAUGCUGCAAUAAGCCAUGCUAUCAAAUGGUAUGUUCGUGUAGAAUAUGAUAUAGCAAAAGGAUUUGAUAUUUACAAUUCUUGGCAAUGGCCAACUGAUGGUCCAUCGGCAGGAUAUAUUGUGGCACAUCCAUUGCCAUACUUUGGAACUCCUGCACACUUUUCUUCUGCUGAAGUUGCUGGUUUGUGUAAUGAUAAACUUUAUCAUCCUGAACUAAUUAUUUCAACAUAUACUGAACCACAAUCAAAGUGGACAAUAGUUUUACCAAAACCCCAAG